UACUGCAGACAAGACCAUAAACCUCAACGACCGACUACAGAGUGACACACAAAUCAAGGUAGAGAGAGUACGUAUGCCGUAUGAAAAUGCCAACAUUUACCAGACACGUCUUACCAAGUCCUACGUGUGGUGGAUUGACGACCCAUGGGCAGCACUCAUCGCCUUAGCGGCAAUCAUCAUCCUCCUCUGUAUCGUUGGAAUAAUUGUUCUAGUGUUCACACACUCCAGAUACACCAAGUACAUUAACCAGUACCGUAUAUACCAAGCUUCCUAUGACCAGCCAGACUUCAUGGAACCUCCAAGUUUCCUCAGGGAGUACGAGACACAGAGUCUGAAUAUGUAUGUACCGCCUGAUGAGGCUAUAAACCCUCUGGAGAUCCUCAAUGUAAAUCUCGGUGAGGAGGUAAUGAUUGAACCACAGGAAGAUGACCGGGGUUUAUCCACGGCCGCUAUCAAUCCCAUAUUCCAGGAUGAUACUCAACAGGGCACAGGCAUAGUAGAAGGAACCACCUUGCUCUGAUGCAACCUGCCAACACAAUCUUCAUUCCGGGAAGUUCAUUAAUUAGUGUUCAACAAAAAUUCUGCCAGCCUGCAACAUUUAGACAAAGACAACAUCAUACUAUAGAAACUUUGUAUUUGUUAUGCUAUUAAAGCAAAAGACUUCAACCUGGAAUGAAAUGACAUCAUCGUUAGAAAAUCACUGUACAAACCAUUACCUGUCACAGGUUUUGCUUAGACUUGCCACAUACUCACGUUUCUGUACACUUUUAUUACUAGAGUGAUUCCUGGUAAGAGCACCAAACAAGUGGUUACCGUGGCAACAACUUUCAUCUAAUGAAGGAGAUACGUGGUCACUCAAUACAGUGGUAACAGAUUGGAGGUCCGCUCCACUCACCUCUCUAUCUAUGCAUAUUUUGUUACAAUGAAGAAAUGUUACUUCCAAAAGUUAAAGAGUGACGAGUGCUGAAAUGAUAUGUGAAUGUAACAAUGAGUGUGAAUGUGUCGUUUCUCUGAACUUUGACCUCUGUUCUUAUUCCGAAAUAAGGGAAAUAAUGAAAAUCCUUUUAAGCCAAUUCAAAAUUCAUGACUGUUCGUUUUUACUUCCAAACAGUUAUGAAAAGAGGUCCGUUGAUAGAAAGACUGUGCGGUAUGUUAAAGUCACUUGUGGGAUGGGAAUGGGGGUUGUUAUUAUACAUAUAUUCUUAUUAUAUAACCAUAGUUCAGCUUCAGAUAAACAUCUAAACCAAAUCAUUGCUAGUUUGUUAAAAAUAAUUAUGCAAUUUUUUUAAAUAUUUAAAUUUUGUUUUUCUCUUAUUUAUCUCACUUCUUUCACUGUGAAUAGAAACACUUUCUAGGAAUAAUGCUAACUAAUGAAUCAUCAAAUUUUCAGUUUUUGUUUUGGAUAUUUAUUGAGUGCUAUGUAGAAUCCUAUAAUUACCAAAAUCAAUGCCUGGUUUUACAAUUUUGUUGUGAUAUAUACAUAUAUAUAUAGAAAUGUUAAAGACAUAUUUUUGUAUUUUUAAUGGAUUUUUCCAUGUGGAUGCGGAGCUGGCCACAUCUUGAUGUCGGAACAUGUCUCCCAUUGCUGUCCAUGUCUCCAUAUACAUAUCUGUUUUCUUGUUAUAUCUGCUUUAUGCGUAACAUUCCACAUUUUAAUAAUUUUCACCUUAUGGUAGCCCAUCGAAAAUUCUUUAUAAUCUGCGAGUGAUGCAUGGAAGUAAGGAAUUGCCAGUAUAUGAAAAUUUUGUAUUUUUUUAUAGAAAAAAAACUACCAAUAAAAUGUAAUAUAUAUUUUCAGAA